CGUAUUACAAAAGAAAAAAAAAAAAAAACUAGUUAGGGUUAAACUUGAAAACAAAAGCGUGAACUGUGAACCUUAUCACUUAUCAGACCACGCCUCCACCAGUCUCCGCCGGCCGUUCGCCUCAACCUCCACCGUUCCAGUCGUCGGUUCCACCACUCCAAAUCUCAACGACUCAGGACGGCAUAAUCCCCAAAGAAAACACAUAUGGAUACUGAAGCAAGUGGAGAAAAUGGCUCUUUGGUUCUGAUAAAGCAAGGGGCUGAAGCUAGAGUUUUUGAGUCAACAUUUGCUGGAAGGAAGUCCAUCGUUAAGGAACGGUUCUCAAAGAAGUAUAGGCAUCCGACUUUAGAUUCGAAGCUCACACUCAAGCGGUUAAAUGCGGAGGCUAGGUGUAUGACAAAGGCUAGACGGCUCGGAGUUUCUACUCCCGUGCUUUAUGCGGUAGACCCUGUAACGCAUACACUCACUUUUGAGUAUAUCGAAGGUCCCGCUAUCAAAGAUAUAUUUCUUGAAUUUGGAUCCAAAGGAGUUGUUGACGAAAAGAUGGAUGAUAUCGCGUUGCAAAUCGGGGAUACAAUUGGAAAGUUACAUGAUGGUGGGGUCAUUCAUGGGGAUUUAACCACAUCAAAUAUGUUAUGGCGUAGUGGCAGCAACCAGCUGGUAUUGAUUGAUUUCGGUUUGAGCUUUGUGUCAACUCUUCCAGAAGAUAAAGCUGUUGAUUUAUAUGUGCUUGAACGAGCCUUGCUGUCGAUGCAUUCUUCUUGUGGGAAUGUGAUGGAUAAGAUACUUGCAGCAUAUAGGAAGUCUUCAAAGCAAUGGUCAGCCACAUUUAACAAACUCGGUCAAGUGAGACUACGAGGUAGAAAACGAACCAUGAUCGGAUGAAGUCACACUGCCGAUGUGCUUUCUGGCUUUUCCGUUUUUAGAGUAAAGUAUCUCAGUUUGAAAACCAUAUCCUUCAUCGGUAUGUGCUAAACUCCUUAAGAUUGUUUGUAUCUAUUUCUAUGCUGAUAAAUACAUUUGGAUAAUGUUUUUCAGACGAUGACAUUGAAAACCAUAGAUUGCAGUUUGAUUUGAAGUUUGCAUCUCA